AUGGCCCAAGCCGGGCCAGUGGCCACGAUGCCGCCGCCAGAUCUUUCAGCCCGCCACUUCAUGCAGAACGGCAUGAUGCCGAGGAUGGUGUUCGAGCGCACCGGGCACGUGGAGAAUGUGAUUUGUAGCGCGGGCAGGUAUCGGAUAUACCCCAUGAAGGAUGUAGGUUGAUUUACAUGGAACUUUGAAUGUUGGAUUUAUUCAAAAUCACGGAGAAAAUUUGCAUAAAAAUUUUGAAAAUUUACAUAUUCAAAUUUUUGGUUUGAAAAAAUUUGCAUGAAAAAUUUAAAAAUUUGCAUAUUCAAAUUUUUGGAAAAUUUGAAAAAAUCACGGAGAAAAUUUGCAUAAAAAAUUUUGAAAAUUUGCAUAUUCAAAUUUUUGGUCUGAAAAAAAUUUGCAUGAAAAAUUUGAAAAUUUGUCUAUUCAAAAAUCCAGACAAAAUCUGCAUACAAAAUUUUUGAAAUUUGCAUAUUCAAAUUUUCGGCAAAUGACAAAAAAUCCAGCUGAAACUUGCAUGAAAAAUUUGAAAAUUUACAUAUUCAGAUUUUAAGGAAAAUGAAAAAAUAGAAAAUUUGCAUAUUCAAAUUUUUGAAAAUUCAAAAAAAAUCUAAAAAAAUUUGCAUAAAAAUUCUUGAAAAUUUUCAUUUUCAAAUUUAUAAAAAUCUGGAAAAUUUGAAAAAAAUUUUGUAAAAAAAUUGGAAAAUUUGCGUAUUCAAAUUUUUGAAAAUCCGAAAAAAAUCCAUAAAAAAUUUGCAUAAAAAAUUUAAAUUUGCAUAUUCAAAUUUUUGAAUUAUUUUCAGCGUCGAAACAAGGUCCGUAAAUGCUAUAUUGCCUUGAGGUCCUUCAUGUGCGAAAUUUACAAAAAUUCCAAAGAAUUCGACAAAGGCGAGGCUGGAAGACAUAUCAUUGAUUUGCGGACAGUGUUCAAUGUCUGCCAAGUUGUAAGUUGAUUUUUUAACUUUUUUUGAAAUUUUUUCUUUCAUUUUUUACUUUGCACAGUGCAAAAGCGAAAAAAUGUCCAUGCACUUUAUGAAAAACACCAAAAACCACUUCAGGAGGACCCAUUAGGCUUGAAAAGCAAGAUCAUCUCGGUGAUGACGCCCUCGGACACGUUCCUCAUCUCCAUCGACGAAAAUACCUCCGUUUCCUUCGACAAUUUCUUCCUGGAGUUCCGGGAUCGGUGUCGGGAAGCGCGCGCCGAAAGAUUGAGUCGGCAGGUGCUGGACGAGGAGUACUUUGACGCCGCAUGGGACGUGGAGGUGGUGUACAAGCCGAAGCUUCGAAUGCGGGCCAAUGACACGGCCGGACAUGAUGAUCUGGCCACCCGAUGCCCGCACAUGCUGGGCAGACGCAGAUUGUGCGUGAAAUCCGCCUCAAUCACACUGUUCAAGCUGGACGUGGAGCCGUUGGCGGACGCGUCCGUGGCUGAUGAGGCUUUUUGUGUGCAGGAUUUUCACGACUUCCCGGUAAGUUGAGGCCAAAAAUUUAUUGGAAUAGGGAAAUUAUUGGAUUUAAUUUUCAAAUUUUUGAAAACUGAACUAAAAAAGUUGAAGUUUGCUUACGAAUUUCAUACUUUUUUAUUUAAUUUUUUGAAAAUUUACAUAUUUUAUUUUUUUGGAAUUUAAAAAUAUUUUUUUUAUUUACUUAUUUUUCCCCAAAAUUUCGUAUUCCAAAAGUUUUUAUGACUUUUUUUUUGAACCCUUAAAGCUCUGCAGCUACUUUAGUUUUUGCACCGUGCAAUCAAAAUUUUGCAUUUUUUGCACAGUGCGGUUGAAAAAUUUUUUUUCGCACAGUGCAAAAAUUUAGAAUUUUUUUAUUGCACUGUGCGAAAAAUUUUUUUCCAACUGCACGGUGCGAAAAUUGGAAAAUUUUUUUGCACUGUGCGAAAUUACUUUUUGAACGGACCGCACUGUGCAAAACUGACUCAAAAUUUUCCAUUUUUUGCACGGUGCAGGCGGAAAAAAAAUUUUGCACAGUGCAAGUGAAAGUCAAAAAGUCAAAAAUUGCACGGUGCAAAAAAUCGAUUUUUUUUUUGCACUGUGCGAAAAUUCAAAAAAAUUUUUUUUGCACGGUGCGAAAAUGCAAUUUUUUUUGCACUGUGCAAAAAUUCAAUUUUUUUGCACUGUGCAAAAUUGCUUUUUUAACCUCCGCACUGUGCAAAACCGGCUUUUGCUUCGGAAAAAAACAGAAAAUAACCCUAAUUUCCCUAAUUUUCAGCUGAGCACAGUCUCCAAAUACGGAAGCCAAGAUAAGUAUGUGAUUAUUCGGAAUGGAAGAUGCUCCUCUUACGGGCCCGGUGAUCUCUGGCUUAUGACCGAGAGCAUGUAUAUGGCGACUCAUAUUCGGAUGCGGAUGUCCGAGCUUUACUUGGAAGAAGCGGAGCGUCGGCGGAGCCAAGGGAUCCAUUUGAGUUUGUAAGUUUUUAGGGAGGCAAAAAAAAAUUUUUUUUCAUUUUUUUUUUUAAUUUUAUUAUUUUUUUUUUUUUUUUGUUUUUUUGUUAAUUUUUUUAAUUUUUUGAAUUUCUUUAUUUCCUAUUUUUUUGCUUUUUUUUAUUUUUAAAACAUUUUUUUUAUUAUGUUUUUUUUUUAUUUUUUUAAAUUUUUUAAUUUUUUUUUAAUUUAAAAAAACAUUUUUUUAUUUCUUGAUUUUUUUUUAUUUUUUUUUUUGCUUUUUUUAUUUUACAAGGAAAGUACUUCUAUGGGGUGUGGAGUUACAGGUCGAGAUAUAUAUCAAAAAAUUCGCAAAAAUUUUCUGCUUCAGAAUAUAUAAAAAUUAGCUGCCUAAUUUUGGUCUGAUGACAUGUUUUUGUCCUCAGAAGUUUUCUCGCGACACCAUGCAAGUGUCUUUUUGACCGUAUUUUUACAAAUAAAAAAUUUUGUUUUGUGCUAAAAUAAAUUCUGAGGCCUUGACAAGCCUUAAAAUAUCAAAUUGGAUUACAACUACACCUUAAAGGUAGUUCCAAUGUAAAAAAUGGGUUCUAGUGUGGCAAAAAGAAUCGAACCCGUUUCCCUCGGAUUUCCAAUUCAGCGCUCUAUCCACUCGGCCACACCGCUCUCUUCCGAAGGAAGAGACCGAGCGCGCUUUUGUUGCCGCAGAUUUUUUUCCUCGAGAAAAACGUUUAUUGAUAAAACUCGCUGAUAGACCAAAAUUAGGCAGCUAAUUUUUAUACAUUCUGAAUCAGAAAAUUUUUGCGAAUUUUUUGAUAUAUAUCUCGACCUGUAACUCCACACCCCAUAGAAGUACUUUCCUUGUUAAAAAAAAUUUUUUGUUAUUAUGUUUUUUUUUAUUUUUAAAUUUUUUUAAAUUUUUUAAAUUUUUUUUAAUUUAAAAAACAUUUUUUUUUAUUUUUUGACAAAAAAAAGCAGUCGAAACGUAUUUUACAUUUUUUCAAAAAUUUUCAGACCCGGAAUUUCCGACCGCUUGAUUAAAUCGCGUUCUCAUCGAGACAAAGUGGAAGAACAUGAGACCGAGAUUGCCCGAUUGGAGGAGGAACACCUUCGGAAGGAAGCCAUUUUGUUGGAGGAGGAGCGGAAACGCGAAGAACGCGAGAGAUUCUUGGCCGAAAAUCCAGAGUAAGUUUGGAGAAAUUUUCCCCCGCAAAAUCUUGACAGUUUUGUGCAAAACGUGAGGUAAACAUCCCAAAAUAUCUUGGAAAUUCUGUGCGUGAAAUUUAUCGAAAACUAAGCAGCGAAUUUUCAGCAACUUUUUUGGGAAAUCGCACUGUGCAAAUUUCUUUCUAUUGCACAUUGCAAAUCUUUUUUCAUUGCACUGUGCAAUUUUCUUCUGGAAAUUGCACUGUGCAAAGUUUUUUUCUAUUGCACUGUGCAAUUUUUCUAUUGCACUGUGCAAAUUUUUUUAUUGCACAGUGCAAAGUUUUUUUUACUGCACUGUGCAAUUUUCUAUUCUAUCGCACCGUGCAAAAUUUUUUCGAUUGCACAGUGCAAAUCUUUUUUCAUUGCACGGUGCAACUUUCUUUUGGAAAUUGCACUGUGCAAGUUUUUGUUCCAUUGCACAGUGCAAAGUUUUUUCGACUGCACUGUGCAUUUUUUCGACUGCACAGUGCAAAGCUUUUUUUUACUGCGCUGUGCAAUUUUCUUUUCUAUUUUGCACAGUGCAAAGUUUUUUUCGAUUGCACUGUGCAACUUCCAAAAGAAAAUUGCACUGUGCAAGUUUUUGUUCCAUUGCACUGUGCAAACUUCUUCCUAUUGCACUGUGCAAAAUUUUUUUCGAUCGCACAGUGCGAAAUUUGUUUUUAUUGCACCGUGCAAACUUCUUUUCUAUUUUGCACAGUGCAAAGUUUUUUUUACUGCACUGCAGUGUUUUUAUUGCACCGUGCAAAAUUUUUGCGAUUGCACAGUGCAAAUCUUUUUUGAUUGCACGGUGCAACUUUCUUUUGGAAAUUGCACUGUGCACGUUUUUGUUCCAUUUCACUGUGACAAGUUUUUUUCUAUUGCACUGUGCAUUUUUUCGAAUGCACUGUGCAAGUUUUUGUUCCAUUACAAGUGCGAAAUUUGUUUCUAUUGCACCGUGCAAAUUUUUUUUAUUGCACAGUGCAAAUUUCUUUUCUAUCGCACCGUGCAAAAUUUUUUCGAUUGCACAGUGCGAAAUUUGUUUCUAUUGCACCGUGCAAACUUCUUUUCUAUUUCGUACAGUGCAAAGUUUUUUGUAUUGCACAGUGCGAAAAAUCCAACUUUGCGACGAAAUUUUCUUUAUGCAAACGAGGUUUUUGAUAAAAAACAAGAUUAGAAAAAUUUUCAUGGCACCUCAAAAACAAUUUUUCAUAAAAAUGCAAAAAAAAAUAUUUCAAAAAAAAAUUUUUUUAAAUCUUUAACCUAAAAUACGAUCAAUUUUCAAUUUAAAAAUUACAGAGUUGCCCGUCAAGAGGAAGAGGAGGCCGAGAGAAAACGGCUGGAAGAAGAGCGUGCCAGCAAAAGCGUUCUCCGCAAACUCUUCCGCCUGACAAAGAAGCCCGAAAAGGAGAAGGAGAGUCCCCGCUCCGAGGGCAGUCAGCCUCCAUCACCUCCGAAAAAGACUUCGUUGACGGGAUUAAUGAGUUUCCGACUGCCGAAAUCCUUAUCAAUCUCCACCACGAAUCAUAACGUAAAGAAGACGGCUGAGGCCGUGAAGCGACUGCAAGAUUUGAAGAAAAAGGAGGAAAAAGAGCCGGAACAGGAGGAUUACACAAUGUCUAUGAAUACGGGCCCGAUCCGAGGCAAUUCCAGACCGAAUCCGAUACAAAGGGAGGUCAAAACGUGAGUUUUUGGGAUUUUUUGAAAUUUUUAGGCUGAAAAAAUUUGAAAUUAGAAAAUUUGGCCAAGAAAAUCUUUUUUAAUUGGCAAAAAAAAAAAUUUUUUUUUUGGGCCAAAAAUUCAUUUCCGCCCAUUGCACAGUGCAUUUUGUAUUUCCAAAUUUUUUACACUGUGCGACCGAAAAUUUUUCAAUUUUUGCACAGUGCAAUCAAAAAAUCUUUUAUUUUUUGCACUGUGCAGUCAAAAAAAUCCUUUUAUUUUUCGCACAGUGCAAAGAAAAAAGCUUUUAUUUUUCGCACUGUGCAACCAAAAAAGAUCUUUCAUUUUUCGCACUGUGCAAUCAAAAAGAUCUUUUAUUUUUCGCACUGUGCAGUCAGAAAAAGAUCUUUUAUUUUUCGCACUGUGCAAUCAAAAAAAUCUCUUAUUUUUCGCACAGUGCAACCAGAAAAAGAUCUUUAAUUUUUCGCACAGUGCAGAAUUAAGCCAAGGGAUGUGGAAAUCAUUGAAAUUUUUGGGUUGAAAAUUACCAAAAUUUGGAAUAGGUCUCCACAAAAAAAUCCUAGACUUUUUUUCUCUAACCAGCACUCCAAAUUUUCUGUUGUCUCUCGUCUGCAAAGAUAGCGCAAUAUCUCGGGAAAGAGGGAAAACUAAGCGUUGAAAUUUUCGGGGAUUGAUUUGUAGCCUAGAUGAAGUAUUUGUGCCAAAUUUGAAGAAAAUCGACUGGUCGGUCUUUGAGAUCUUGCAUUUUUGAAAUUUCAUGACAAAAAAAUUCAGUUUUUGACAAGUUUCUCAAAAAAUUGAUGGUUUUUUAAUCGAUAAAGUUAUCUAAAAUAUCCUUGAAUAUCUCCUUAUCAAAGCUAUUCAAAUCUUUCAGUAGUCCAACAAAAACCGCCGCCGGAAUAACCCGAAUCGCGUCGCCGAAUGCGGACUACAUGAUGAUGAAAGAAGAGGAGCAAAACGCCCUCGCCGUGGACACCUACAACUUCGGCGACAAUCAGUUCCUGAGCGACGAGAGCUGCUGCUCGCCGCGCACGCAGACCUCCAGCUUCUCCACGUCGAUGCAGUCGAGUAUGCGACAAUCGGCGGCCCCCACCCAACGCGAUCAAAGCGUGGAGGAGUUGCGACGAUACGGGCGAAAUGAUCGCGCUUACUCGCUGGGUUCGCGGCCCGUUAAAAAACCACAACGUCAUCCAAUCACGCCGCCCUCGCUUCAUCAGAAAAAACACAAUUCAGGUGGGAGUUUUGAGAUUUUUUUAAAUUUUGCGAAUGUUUUGGAGGUUAUAUGUAAUAUUAUAGUAAAAUGCGCUGUAUCUAAAGUGUUUAUAACCUGGAAAGACUGCUAGAUUUAUUUUAUAAGCCAGAUUACAUCUUUUUAGAUUGUUUUCAAGCUUUGAAAUUCAAAAUUCCCGGCAAAUUUGGCAUUCUGUUCUAGGUUCUCUAGUUGCCUAAAAAAGGACAAAAAAAUAUCCGAUAUAAUCUGAAAGGCUUUUCAGGGAACAACAGAGACUAGAUUUCAACUGUAGUUUACAAAAAUUUCAAAAUUCCCGCCAAAUUUGGCAUUAUGUUCUAGGUGCUCUAGUUGCCUGAAAAGGACAAAAUAAGAACGUAAGACGGUCAGAAAAACUUUUUCUGAGGUCGGAGGCCGGAUUAAAAUUUUAGUUUUUGAAAAUUUCAAAAUUCCCGCCAAAUUUGGCAUUAUGUUCUAGGUGCCCCAGUUGCCUUAAAAGGUCAAAAUGAAACUCUAAAAGAGUAUGGAAAGCUUUUUAGAGAUCAUCAGAGACUAGAUUCCAAUUGUAGUUUACGAAAAAUUCAAAAUUCCCGCCAAAUUUGGCAUUCUGUUCUGAUGUCUCUAAACCAACAAAAAGACUGUGAAUAAGUAUAAAAUGACAAUAUAUCAUUCUGAAAAGUUUAAUAAUCGAUAUUUAGACACUUCUCAGUGCUUUUGCAAUAAUAAAAUUUUCAAACUUUUUGAAUUCCCGCCAAACUUGGCAUUCUGUUUUUGGUCCUGUAAGCCAUUGUAGGUCCCAAAAAGAAGUUCCAAAUUCAUUAUGGAACAAAGUUAAAUGUCGUGUGGUCUUCAGUGUUCUCAAAAAUAGUGAAUUUUUUUGGUUUCAGACAUAAAAAUUCGAAAAAUUAUAUUAUCCAUGAUGAUUUUGAUGUUUUUCUUCAAGUUUGACCCGAUUUUUUGAUGAUUUCUGAAGCGAUUUGGCCUUUGAAUACUUAUCUACUUUAUUUAGGACAUUUUGAUUGCAUAGUUGUUGCAGGUUCGGGCUCUCUGAACACCGUGGGAUCCAUCAAAGAGGAGGACGAAGAGGCGUUGGAGGCGUUGGGCAAAAAGUCGAACACGGACGGGAAACUGAACGAAAAUGUCCGCAAGGUGCAGGAAAAUCUGUCACGCCUCGAAAUGGAGGAGCGCAAGGACAAGCACACCGAAAUGGUGGACAUGUUCCGGAAUCGCGCCCAUUCCUACGAGAGCAGUCAGAGCACCCGCAAAUUGAUGGGAUGGAAGAAAUUCUUCGUCAAACGACCCGAACCCGCACCACAGGUCAGUCAACGGGCCAUUUUGAGCAAAAUUUUUGCUCUACCAGUCUGUCGGGAAAAUAAUGUGCACUCUGCCGCAGGGAAAAUCGGAUCGCCGGAGGGAAAAUGAAUUGUGUCACGAAAAAUCAAAUUGCUUUUCACUUCAGCGACGCGAUUGGUGCGACAUUGUGCUCAUUAUUUUCCCGACAGUAAUAAAAAAUAAAUUUUCGCACAGUGCAAAACAACCUUUAAUUUUUUGUACAGUGCAACCAAAAAAAUCCUUUUAUUUUUGGCACGGUGCAGUUGAAUUUUUUUUUAUUUUUUUGCACAGUGCAGUCAAAAAAAUUCCGUUUAUUUUUUCCACAGUGCAGCCAAAGGAAUUUUUUGCACACUGCAGUCGAAAAUAAACUUUAUUUUCGCACAGUGCAAUCAAAAAAUCUUUUCAUUUUUUGCACAGUGCAAUCGAAAAAACUUAUUUUCGCACAGUGCAACCAAAAAAUCCUUUUAUUUUUGCACAGUGCAGUCAAAACUAAAUUUCAUUUUCGCACAGUGCAAUCGAAAAAAAUUUUUGAUUUUCGCACAGUGCAACUAAAAAAAAUUUUUUUUAUUUUUGCACAGUGCAGUCAAAACUAAAUUUCAUUUUCGCACAGUGCAACUAUAAAAUUUGUUUAUUUUUUCCGCACAGUGCAGUCCAAAACAAAUUUUAUUUUUGCACAGUGCAACCAUAAAAUUCGUUUAUUUUUUCGCACAGUGCAGCUAAAAAAAAUCCGUUUAUUUUCCGCACAGUGCAGUCAAAAAUAUUUUUGUUUUCGCACAGUGCAACCAUAAAACUCGUUUAUUUUUUCGCACAGUGCAGUCAAAAAAUUUCCGUUUAUUUUUCGCACAGUGCAACCAUAAAAUUUGUUUAUUUUUUCCGCACAGUGCAGUCCAAAACAAAUUUUAUUUUUGCACAGUGCAGCCAAAAAAUCCUUUUACUUUUGCACAGUGCAAUCGAAAAAAAUUAUUUUCACACAGUGCAGUCAAAAAAUCAUAUUAUUUUUUUGCACAGUGCAGUCAAAAAAAUCCUUUUAUUUUUGCACGGUGCAGUCAAAAAAAAAUUUAUUUUUGCACAGUGCAGCCAAAAAAAUUUUAGUCUCAAAUUUUUCCCAGGUUCCCCAAAAAAUUUCUGCGGCUUACAUUGCUCAAUUAUUAUAUUUUCUCCCCAUUUUUCAGGAGCGCGCUCGGAUCAGCAGCAACGAAAGCACGUCGAGUCGGUUUUCGACGCCGCGCUGGAACGCGAACAGCCGGGUGUCGAUGCUGAACAGCGACGAGAACGAGCGCGACGACGGCGACUUUGUGAUGAGCGGGCCGCCGAAGCACGAGAGUCCGCAGAGCCGGAGUCGGACGUCGAGUUUCGGGAAGACGAUCGCGGACAUGACCAAGAUCCAAAAGGAGCUGAUGGAGGCGAAGCGGCGCCGCGAGGAGCCGCCGCGGCUCCGCAAUCGGCCGGCCCGGCUGAAUGGGGCCGAAUCCGACAACUUUUUGGAGCUGUAUAGUCGGGCGAUUGAGGAGGCGCACCGGCGCCGCAAGGAGGCCAAAGAGAAGCCGCGCCGGAAGAGCUUCGACCUGACGGUCUUGACGAGCUAUCGGCGCCGCAAACCGAUCAUUGAGCUGAAGCGGACGGUGUCGGAUUCCGAGUUUGUGAUCCCGUCGCGCAAGUGGAUGUGCUUGCCGCUGGAUGAUGCGAUAAUUCGAAGAUAUCGCUACUUCAUCCAGCGCCGCCGCGAAGACAACACCCGUCUGCGCAAAGAGCAGGAACUGGCGAUGGAGAAGCGCAUGCGUCGCGAGCGUCGCCGUCAGGCCGCCCUACAGCAGCAGCAGUCCCAAAGUCAACCCGUCACCCCAUGCAAUGACAAUGACUAUGUGCUGCCCGCCAUCAAACCGAAGCCGGAAGUCAUGUCCGCCAAACGAAGAGCACGAAUUCCAACCGCCAAAAAGGCGAGUCAAGUGUCGCGCAACGACUCCACCGAGCGCCUGAAAAUCGUCCGCGGCGAGACACACAUGCGCCAACAGAAGGCCAACUCUGCCUCGGUUCCGAAGAAGCCGGGCGUCGAGGUGAAGCCAAGAUGCAGAACGAUGACUGGCAAGUUCAUCAGAGAUGAUCAACAGCCAGGACCGUCGGGUAAGCGAUUUGAGGAGGGUUUGGUGAAUUUUGGAAAAUGAAAAAAAUUGCACUGUGCAGGCAAAAAAAUUUAUUUUUUGCACAGUGCGUAUAAGAACUACUUUUAUUUUUUCGCACAGUGCAGUCUAACGAAAACAUUUUUUUUUGUAUUUUUGCACAGUGCUGCGCAAAAAAAUUAUUUUUUUAUUUUUGCACUGUGCAACGAAAAAAUUUAUUUUUCGCACAGCGCGGUAAAAAUUUUUUGAACAAGAUUGUUUUCAACUUUUUGCACGGUGCAUAAAUAUAUAGUGAUCCGCAAUUUAUUUAUUUUUUUUUCUAGAAAUUUGUCAAAAAAAAAUUUUUUUUCAAAUCUCACAGGGUAAACACUCCAAGUGCGACGCUCAGAUUUUGAUGAAACUUGGCACAAAUUUAGAAUAAUUUUUUCUAAGAUAUAUGCGAGAAUCCUAGCCCGUGCUUUGCAGAAACAACCGAGAUUUUUAGCUCGAAAAUCGGCCAAAAUUUAGGACUUUUUGCCGAAUUUAGGCACGAAAAGUUUCAUGCCUAUUUCUACCGUAAAGAGUAAUGUUUCUACAAAAAAUCAAAUUUUUCCACACGAAACUGCCAAAGUUACGGCCAAAAAGCAUUUUUCUCUCUGACCGCUCUCCACGUUUAGCGUGCUCUCUCGGCGGCAAAAAUCGUUCGAUAUCUCGGCGGCGCCCGGAAAGCGCGAGCUAAAACUUUCAGGAGUUGAUAUUUAGUCCAUACCCGACGUGUGUGCAAAAUUUAAAGAAAAUCUGAGCGUCGCACUUGGAGUACUUCCCUUGUCAGCAAAUUAACGAAUUUUAUUUUCAAAAUUUUUUCCAGGCCUUUCCAAAAACUCUCACGCCGAGAUGAUGCCGUCCACCUCAGCGAUUGGCUGGAAAUCGGCGCCGUCGACCUCGCGCGACGACCGUGGGCCUUCGCCGACCAGUUCGCGGGCCAAACCGCAGCAUCGGAAUCGGCUGCGGUCGGAAGUGGAGCGGUCGGGCGGUCGCAAGUCGCCCUCGCCUUCGCUGCACAGCCAAAAGUCCAACUCGUCGGCCAAUCCGCGCCCCAGCGAGACGGCGGGGUUGCGGUCGAUGGCGCGCGUGGCGGCCAGCAACGUGAGGCAUGGGACGCCGGCCAAAACGGGCGCCGAACGACGGGCCGCGCAGAUCGAAAAGCAGGGGAUUCCGGUGCGGAAAAGCGCGUUUGGAGCGGGACGAAGACUCAGCUUCACGAAGCCCACGGUUGGCUUCGAAUUUGAGGUGGGUUACUGUAGUUUUUCGCGGAUUUUCGCCGAUUUUUCGCGGAUUUUGGCCGAUUUUUCACGGAUUUUGACCGAUUUUUCACGGAUUUUGGCCGAUUUUUCGCGGAUUCUGACCGAUUUUCUCGAAUUUUUGGGCAACUUUUUGCGGAUUUUGGCCGAUUUUUCGCGGAUUUUGGCCGAUUUUUCACGGAUCUUGGCCGAUUUUUCACGGAUUUUGGCCGAUUUUUCGCGGAUUUUUGGGCAAUUUUUCGUGGAUUUUGCCCGAUUUUCUCAAAUUUAUGGACAAUUUUUCGGAUUUUUUUAAUUUUUUUUGUUUUUUUUUAUUUUUAUAAUUUUUCGAAUUUUUUCAAAAUUUUUCGGAUUUUUUUAAUUUUUUUUUUGUUUUUUUUUGGGUGUCAAAAUUUUCUUACUAUCAUAUCGUAUCACUACCGCUACAAAUCAAAGCCAUUUUUCAUUUUUUUCGACAGUUUUUUCCUCAUUUUCCCAAUUUUCCACUGUUUUUCACACUUUUUUUAAAUUGUUUUAUUUUUUAGCCCGUAUUUUACAUCGAAUCCCAUUUUUCAGAAGUCGAAAGGAGUUCAAGACGAUUAUGUAACAGCUUUGCCGUCCACUUCGACCAAACCUACGGCUACAACCGAGGAAUUAAAGGCGUUUGCCCGGAGGCAAUCGAAGAUCAAAAACUCUCCGUAAGCAUGUUUUUAGCAUUUUCGGGGCUUAACUGAGAUUUUGGGGGGGAAAAUUGGGAAAAAAUUUUAUCGCCUGAGGGGAAAUGGCGAUUUUUUGGCAAUUUUUGUGAAUUUUUUGAAAUUUUUCAUUAUUUUCGAUGAUUUUUUAGCGAAAUUGUUUACAAAAAAUGGCUGUUAGCAGCCAAGAGGCUUUUCCUCAAAAUUUCAGAAAAUUUGCCUCAGGCAAAAUGCGAAAUUUUCACUAAAAACCUCGAAAAUCCGAGCUUUUUCCCCAUUUUUGGCAAAUUUUUGAAAUUUUUGGCCGUUUUAACUCAAAAAUUUAUCACAAUCUUGGCUGUACUGUAACAACAACUCUAUUCCAGCUCCCCAGUACAGCUGCGCAAAGUGUCGCAGCAUUCGGCACACGUCUCGCCGGUGAAUCUUCGCAAAGACACCCGCGAAGACUUGCGCGGCCGAAAAAAGAAGCCCAAAACCACGUUGACGCUGCCGGCCAACCUGAACAACGUCGACUACGUGGAAGUUCAACCCGUGAUCAAGAAUUUGGACAGUCAGAACCCGUUCAAACGUCGGCGGAAACGCGAAUCCAGCGCCUCGUCGAGUUACUCCGACAGCAGCGAGUAUACCAACUAA